AUGGCUACCUUUGCCCAUAGCAUUGUCCAUACUUUUCGAACAUUUGAACAAGUAUGGGAAGCACUUGUUGUUGACAUAAGAGAAGGAGUCUUGUCGAGUAGAGUCACUGUCCCGUCGAUAAGAUUAACCGUGUCAAAGUUGCUGAAGCCUGAUCCUGAACUGGCUGAUACAAUUUAUAAUAAGUGCUCAAGAUUGAGCAAUUGGUACGACUUGAUUCCUGAACUCUUCCCAAAUACAAGGUGCAUAUAUGGUAUAAUGACAGGAUCUAGACAACCUUACUUGAAGAAACUGAGGCAUUAUUCUGGGGAAUUACCUUUAUUGAGUGCAGAUUAUGGUUCUUCUGAAGGAUGGGUUGGAGUAAACGUUAACCUGAAAUUGCCCCCUGAGCUAGUCACUUAUGCAGUAUUACCAAAUAUUGGUUAUUUUGAAUUCAUUCCUCUUGGGGGAAAUCUCAAUGGCGUGGAGCAAGCGUAUUCUCCAGUGGGUCUGACUGAAGUUAAACUUGGUGAAGAGUAUGAAACUGUCUUCACAAAUUUUGCAGGUUUAUAUCAUUAUAGACUAGGUGAUGUGGUAAAGAUAAAAGGCUUCCACAAUGUGACUCCAGAACUCCAGUUUGUAUGCAGAAGGAACCUUUUGCUGCGCAUUAACAUUGACAAGAACACAGAGAAAGAUUUACAACUAACCGUAGAAGCUGUAGCAAAGCGCUUAGUAGACGGAAAACUAGAAGUGGUGGACUUCACGAGCCAUGUCAAUGUCUCAGCUGAUCCGGGACACUAUGUGAUCUUCUGGGAACUGAGUGGUGAAGCAACUGGUGAAAUGUUGCAAGAUUACUGCAACUGUUUGGAUAAGGCGUUUAUCGAUGCAGGCUAUGUGAGCUCCCGGAAAGUGAAUGCAAUUGGAGCACUUGAGCUGAGGAUUGUGAAGAGAGGAACAUUUCAUAAGAUAUUAGAUCAUUUUGUAGGAUUAGGAGGUGCAGUUAGCCAGUUCAAAACUCCUAGAUGUGUUGGUCCAAAGAAUAGCUCAUUGCUCCAAAUACUCUCUAGUAAUGUUGUUGAGACCUAUGUUAGUAGUGCCUUCUGUUGA